UCACGGCCCCGCGCUUUGCCAUGACUCCAGACCUAGCAAAGCGGUAUGAAAUUUCUCAAGACACAAUAUCUCGCUCAGAAGCCAUAACGGCUCAAUAUUGUAACCAAGGAGCUACUCUAGACUCUACUUUCAUCGACAGCCAACUCCCCGCUCUCGAUCCAGCUUCAUGUCCUAAUCACCCACCAAGCCCAGUCGAAGUCGUCAACUCAGACUCGUUCACUGCCGCCAGAAACAUCAUUAAACGGUUCCCAGAAGCAAUAAACGGUAAAACUGCUGUACUUAAUCUAGCAAGCGACCAGCUGCCUGGUGGAAGAUGGGAUCGGACAUUGAGCAAGACACAGGAAGAGGCCCUUUGCUAUUCUUCAACUCUGUUCAAGACCCUGAAACCGAGGUACUACCCAUGGCCAAAUACCGGUCCGGGAAGCGUCGCUGGAGUCUUUUCACCAGGUAUCGCAGUCUUCAAAGACGAUCUAGAUCAUGGCUGCGUAGACCUGCCGGAAGAAGACCGAUGUGUUGUCGGUGUCAUCACUGUUGCCGCUCCUCGAGGUCCAGAGUUGACAAAUGAUAGGAAGCGGUUCGCCAGAGAGGACCAGCUGAGCGAUUUGAGAGGGAAGAUACGACUAAUAUACAGGAUGGCAGCACGAAAUGGGAGGGAGUAUGUUGUCCUUGGUGCAAUAGGAUGUGGUGCAUAUGGAUGUCCUCCGCAACAAGUUGCUAAAGAGAUGAUGUCCAUCCUUCUCGAAAAGGAAUUCAACGGUUGGUUCCGAAACGUCACAUUUGCGGUCUACAGCCAUCCAGACAACGGCUAUGGGAACUACGACGUUUUCAAAACGGCUUUCAAGGAUGUGGAUGUGUAAAUUGCAACAUUAUCAUAAUUCGAAAGGACCGAAUAGUCAAAUGUACAUCAGUGUAUCACCAUUGUAAUCUCUGGGGGUUCAUCAUCGAGGUUGGUUGCGCUUCUGCUGUCGCAAGAAAAGAGAGGACGCAAAUAUAAGUAUGUGGAUACAACAGUCCAAACAUAUACGACGCA